CUCUCGUUCACUGCAAGGUAAACAUGGCGGCGACUACAGCAACAGCAGCAUUAGCAGAACAACCAUCGACAUCACCGUCCUCAGGAGCAGUCCCCUUUGACUUCUCACAGCCACCUGUCAUCGAAGGGUUCUCCCCUCUCCCGAGGGUCAAAGAUGAGACAUUUAAAGAAAAGUUUAUUCGAAAAACCAAGGACAACCCUUUUGUCCCCAUAGGUUGUUUAGGGACAGCGGGAGCACUCAUGUUUGGCCUCCGAGCGUUCCAUCAGGGCAAAACCAGGCAGUCCCAGAUGUUGAUGAGGGGCCGAAUCUUUGCCCAAGGCUUCACUGUGGUUGCCAUAGUUAUCGGCGUCUUUGGAACGGCUUUCAAAGCCAAACAGUGAAGAAGAGGCGGCACUGCUGCAACCCAGCCGUCCUCCAUUCACUUUGGAAGCAGACUGUUUGAAGGACCUGAAUAAUGAAUUGUGUGUAUACUGUAUAUACAAGUACAACAUUAUCCAGAUCAUGAUGAGGAGGCCUACCAUAUUUAUUGUGUGGAAACCGAUUUGCUCAUUUCAAUUGUGUCUUAUUCAACAGUAUAAAGUACUUAUGCUCUAAUAUUAUGUAAGAAAGAUGAUCCAACACGUGUCUUUGCUGAUGCAUAUAAUGUCCUUAAUAAUUACGUACACUAUAGUGUUAUCUGAGUUGUUAGAAAAAUCACAUUAGUGCACAUUACUAAAAAGUACUAUAAUUGAUCACUAAUGGGCCUCCAUGUAUUGCUUACUGAUAAACUCUAUGGUUAUCAGCAGUUUGGUAAUUGGAACACUAACGGCUUAAAAGUGAGAUGUGGCCUUUUGGUCAAGUGGCAACAGAGACAAAACAAUAUAAAAACAAGUACAAGUGAUGACCUUCCAUUAUGUUUUUUAAUUGACCAACUCCCUUUUAACAUUCACUUUCCUCAGGUUUUCCCAAAUAGGCAACAUGUGAAAGAAUGUGAAAAUUGACAUGGAGCAGACUGCAGCUUAUAAAAUAUGGAUGAAAUGAGAAUGCAGCACACACCUUUUUAUUUGAAAUUCAAACGCAGGAGUUAAAAUAUUUGGUUGUGGGCCAUUUUUUCCCUCAUUUUACUUUUGCAAAUUAAGUCAUAGCGCUUCAAUUUUUCCGAGAUGGAGACGAUUAAAGCUGCAAAUCGAGGCUAUAGGCUACAGCGAACGUUCCGUGGUUUGUGGUUCUAUAUUACUGAGAGGCAUAAGUGGUUACAAUCUACACUGCAAUGUGCUCAAUAAGAAAGUUUUGACUGGAAAACGACAAAAUAAAAGACAUGCAUUAAAAUUGACCUAAAUAUUCAUAAAUUUAAAAAGGGUAACAAAUAGUUAACUUACAGUAACAAUAUUUUCUUCGGCAAUGAUAAAAUAAUGCAGCAGUCCUUCAUAUUCCCACAAGAGUGAGAUGAUUAUUCUAAUAAAAUAGGCAUCAAGAAAAUUGGGAUGGUUAUUUAUACACCGUAAAUUACGGACCUUUGAGCACACCCACCUAAUUUAAAGAGAUUUUUUUUUUGGUACAUGCAUACAGUAGGCUGCACUUGUCUAUAAGCCGCAGGUGUCCACCUUGUAACAUGGGAUAUUUACACAGAAAGACACACUAUAAACCUUGCAAUCCUACCUACUUUCUGUGUCCUCAGCGGCACUCGUUAGCAUGCUGCUGAUGGUUUUUUUUUUCCACUGGAGUUCAGCAGCUGCCACUGUCCAAGCAGAAGCUGUAGUGAUUCUACACUUGCUCAAACUUACUUAAGAUUUGUCAGAUCAAAAAACGAUCGCUGCAUAUGACUUGUCCAAUUCACUACUUCCUGAAUCUGCACACGAAGCAUCAUGAAUAAUAAAUUAGCCGCAUCAUUGUUUAAGCGGCAGGGUUCAAAGUGUGUGAAAAAAGUAGUGGCUUAUAGUCCGGAAUUUACGGGUUGUAUAUACGGUGUGUAUAUGCAUAUAGGAGUUUUUUUGUUGUUGAAAACUGGGAUUACAAACUUAUGAUGUGAGGUGUGGUUACAAGUGAAAAGGCAAAGUUAGUGUGCAGUUAGUCCUCUAGCCUAGCGGACGAGUGGGGUCUGUUUGAGCGAGAUGAGGACAGAGCGCAUUCGAGACACGUCCUUUGCCUGCUUGUUGGUUUUUGGGUUGAAGUCGCACAGAUGGGCUACUCGCUCCCACGCCGAUCCGGGACAGUCACCGUUGCUCUCGGCCAGGAAGGCCUCCUCGGACGCUCUGUAGGCGGGGAGGCAACACAGCCAACAUUAGACGGGAGAUUUUCCAUGUCCGUGAAAUCACUUGCACCCCACUCACAAGCAUGUAUGGUCUAAAGCCAAUGGUUCUCAAGCAAGGACAGGCAAUCUUUGGUGCAAUUUGUAUUGAUAUGUAUGUAGGGCUAUUAUUAAAAGACAAAUAUUUUCUGUGUGCUGAGUACCACUAGUACCAACAUUAAAAAGCAAAAGAGUUCUAAACCUACACAAAGCCUACAAGAUCAGAGCUGGGCUGUUUGUAGAAAGCCUUGUCAGCAAUCCUAGUAGGCAGCCAAGGCCAAGUAAGCAGGAGAAAGAAGAAGACAGGAGAAGAGUGUCAGUGUCACACAACAGGCAAUCAAAUGUGAGCCUACUAUUUAAUAGAAGGGUCAAAAAAGCAAGAGUAAACAUAACUGAACUGAGAAUGAAUGGAUGAAAUGUCUUCUAGCUCGCGUCAAGACAUGCUGUUAGUGUGUUUAGAGAGUCAACAAGUGGUUGAAAACUAAAGCCACAAGUGCAAAGUGAUACCGUGUCAGACUUGGGCAGAGUCUGUAGGAAAGUGUGAGAGAAGGACAGGUUAGCUUCACAAAGACAAGUAGGGGGAAAAACAAAACAAACAUAAGAACAACAAGCAACAGCACUAUAAUUAGGCCUGUCACGAUUACAAAUUUUGCUGGACGAUAAUUGUCCUACAAAUGAUUGCCAUUUUGAGACCAUUUUUUCCACUCAUGUAAUGAUAGUAACAUAAUGUGAGUACAAAAAACUGUUUUGAUGUUUGUAGUAUAUUUUCACAUGGCUACGGCUUCAAAUCACUGUAGUCUGUGUGUCAUGACCUUUAAGUAACUGCACUGUCGCUGGUACGCCUGUGAAUACUCAUUUGCUGGCAGCCCUUUCAAGAGAAUCACCCAUUUGCGUUUGCUUGCUUGUUACUCCUCACAACACUCACUCGCAGCGCUUUUGUGUGUACACUCUCUAGCGCCAACAAACACGCAUGCACAUGCCAAUUUAUCGAGGCCGGCAAAACGAUCGAGUUUAUUUUUAUUUAUCGCUUUAACUGCUUUAUUGAAUAUCGUGACAGGCCUGACUAUUAUAAUAAAAAAACUACAUAUGUACGGUUAGCACAAACAUGCUUUGUAUAAAAUAGAUGAAUAAAUGAGUAGGACAUUAAUUACAUUUUAUGUAGUGUUCAUUUAGUAUAGGACUGGCAAAAUUAAUUAUAUUUUUCCGAAUUUUUAUUUGAUUUUUGAUUCAAUUCUUUUCUAACUACUAUGAUUACAAAACAUUGCUCCUUCGCUUUAUUGUGGUUUUUCAGACAUUAAUUAAUUAAUGCUUGUUGUUUUGUGGUUGACUAUGACCUAUUAUUAGCCUAUUUUUUAU